GAUUCUUUUUUCGCACAUAAGAAUUAAGAAGAAGUAAAAAAAACCGAAUGCGGCGACCAUGAUGAACGUUGACAAGAAAGAAUCCGAUCGUAACCUUCCAGAACUUUCUCCACCGUCCAUGGAGAACCAUCCACCGGCACCGGCAGCGACACCGUCACGGAAACCACCAAAAGAACCUACUGCGCCGCCGCAGAUGAAACAGUCGCCGUCAACAACUGUCAUGAUUCCUUCUAUUGAUCCCAAUGCCCUCUUUAGCGGCGGCGGUAUUAGCUUUCUGACUGGAAACAAAAGUGCUAAAUUCAGCUACGGAUAUGCUAGUUUUAAGGGGAAACGGGCUUCCAUGGAGGACUUUUAUGAGACAAGGAUAUCAGAAGUCGAAGGUCAAAUGGUGGCAUUCUUUGGUGUUUUUGACGGUCACGGUGGUUCAAGAACAGCAGAAUACCUGAAGAACAACCUCUUUAAGAAUUUGAGUGGUCAUCCUGAUUUUAUCAAAGAUACGAAGUCAGCUAUAGUUGAAGCAUUUAAGCAGACCGACGCCGAUUACCUUAAUGAAGAAAAAGGCCAGCAAAAAGAUGCUGGUUCAACAGCAUCAACUGCUGUUCUUAUAGGUGAUAGAUUGGUUGUUGCAAAUGUGGGAGACUCUAGAGUCGUCGCUUGUAGAGAUGGUUCAGCUAUUCCUUUAUCCAUCGAUCACAAGCCUGACAGAUCUGAUGAGCGUGAAAGGAUAGAACAGGCUGGCGGUUUCAUCAUCUGGGCAGGUACAUGGCGUGUAGGUGGGGUACUGGCUGUUUCUCGUGCAUUUGGAGAUAAACUGCUAAAGCCAUAUGUUGUGGCAGACCCAGAGAUUCAGGAAGAAGAAAUUGAUGGUGUAGAUUUUAUAAUAAUUGCAAGUGAUGGACUUUGGAAUGUCCUGUCUAACAAGGAUGCUGUGGCCAUCGUGCAGGACAUAAAAGAUGCUGAAGCAGCAUCACGUAAGCUUAUAGAAGAAGCUUAUUCAAGGGGUAGUUCUGACAACAUCACCUGUGUAGUUGUUCGAUUUGAGAGCGCAUGAAUAAUGGACCUGGUAAGAUAAAAGAUUCUGAAGGAGGAUGUAGGCCUUGUAACUAGCUUAUUUUUCCAACUUCGCCAUACUUCUAGUGAUGAUUAAGCUUCUCGGAUGGCCAUGUCACUUGGAGUUGUAGUCGUGGGGAUUUUUACUAAUGGUCUCUGCUUAUAGACUUGUAAAUUUACUUUCAAUUGUUGUGUGAUGACAAAGUGUAAAUCACGCUGGUAUACUUUUAGUUUUUUUUUCUCUCUCUUUCACAUAUAGCUAUCAUGAUAGGCAUUCUCUGUUCCACUUGGCCUACAUAGAAUUCUUAAUCGAAUGCUUUCUGACAUUGUAUUCACGUAAUAUUUUCAGUGGAAAACAGAAAUUAGAUAUUCUCUACUUA